AUGUAAAUAGCUUCAGUUUCAGUUCAUCAUCCAGACUCUGCGCAGGACACUGGUCACCUGCUUUCUUCUUAUACUGAACACACACACACACACACACACAGUCACACUGAAACACGCUUGCUUGCAUUUGGAGGGAGAUCAGUUGUCGUAGUUGUUAGGCAUUCCGCUCAGAGGUGUUUAUUUUUAGCUCACAGCCAUGAUCCCCCCUUUAUCUGGACCUGUGCAAUUGUGGCAGAGUGAGAGAUUGUAUUACUGCUUUACUCCAGUAAACCAAACUACACAGCACUUUUUACAAUAAAAGGAUCAUAUCAAUGGGAAAUUACAAAUCAAGACCAUCUCAGACGUGUACAGAUGAGUGGAAGAAGAAGGUGAGCGAGUCGUACUCCGUGAUCAUCGAGAAGUUGGAAGACGACCUCCAGCUCAGAGACAGUCAGCUUGUGGAACUCAGUCUGGCUUUCAGCUCUGAUGAGGCUUUUCAGAAGGUGAACGUGAGCUACCGAACUGAGAAGGGGCUGUCGCUGCUGCAUCUCUGCUGUGUAUGUGGAGGUAAUAAGGCCCAUAUUCGCACGCUGAUGCUCAAAGGCCUGCGUCCUUCUCGAUUGUCCAGGAAUGGAUUCACAGCACUCCAUCUGGCUGCUUACAAGGAUAACGCUGAGCUGCUGACUGCUCUUCUCCAUGGAGGGUCAGACGUGCAGCAGGUGGGUUACGGCGCCCUCACUGCCCUGCACGUGGCCACGUUGGCUGGGCACCAGGAGGCAGCAGACAUACUCCUGCAGCAUGGAGCUUAUGUGAACGUUCAGGAUGCUGUGUUUUUCACCCCACUGCAUAUUGCUUCUUAUAACAGUCACGAGCAGGUGGCAAAGCUGCUGCUGAAGUUUGGAGCAGAUGUGAAUGCGAGCGGUGAGGUAGGUGACCGUCCGCUGCAUCUGGCUGCGGCCAAAGGUUUCCUCGGCAUCAUCAAACUGCUGAUGGGGGAGGGGAGCAAAGCUAACGUUAAUGCCCAGGACAACGAAGAUCAUGUACCUCUCCACUUCUGUGCCCGCUUCGGUCACCAUGAGAUUGCGCGCUUCCUCCUGCAGGGAAACUUUGAUGCACAGCCACACUUUGUCAACAUCUACGGGGACACACCGUUACACUUGGCCUGCUAUAAUGGGAAAUUUGAAGUAGUGAAGGAGAUUAUUCAGCUUUCCGGCACUGAAAGUCUGUCAAAGGAGAACAUAUUCAGUGAGACACCACUUCACAGUGUGUGCACUUAUGGCAAAGACCUGGAGAUGGUGAAGUUCUUGUUGAGUCAGAAUGCUAUGAGCAUUAACCAUCAGGGCAGAGACGGACACACAGCUCUACACAGUGCCUGUUUUCAUGGCCACAUCCGCCUGGUGCAGUUCUUGCUGGACAGCGGGGCGGACAUGAACCUGGUUGCCUGUGACCCCAGCAGGUCCAGUGGGGAGAAGGACGAGCAGACAUGUCUGAUGUGGGCUUAUGAAAAAGGUCACGAUGCCAUUGUCACCUUACUGAAACACUACAAACGUCCAGAUGAGUCCCCCUGCAAUGAGUACUCCCAGCCAGGAGGGGACGGUUCCUACGUUUCUGUCCCGUCUCCUCUGGGAAAGAUCAAAAGCAUGACUAAAGAGAAAGCAGAAGUUCUCCUUCUCAGGGCCAGCCUCCCAUCUCAUUUCCAUCUUCAGCUAUCUGAACUGGAAUUCAAUGAGAUUAUUGGAUCAGGCUCAUUUGGAAGAGUCUACAGAGGCAAAUGCAGAAACAAAAUUGUUGCCAUAAAACGCUAUCGAGCGAACACGUACUGUUCGAAGUCAGACGUGGACAUGUUCUGCAGAGAGGUCUCCAUCCUCUGUCGGCUCAAUCACCCCUGUAUCAUCCAGUUUGUGGGGGCGUGUUUGGACGACCCCAGCCAGUUUGCCAUCGUGACCCAGUAUGUCUCUGGAGGAUCUUUGUUCUCUCUGCUGCACGAGCAGAAGAGGCUUAUCGACCUGCAGUCCAAGCUCAUCAUUGCCAUCGAUGUGGCCAAGGGCAUGGAGUACCUGCACAAUCUCACCCAGCCUAUCAUUCACAGGGACCUCAACAGCCACAAUAUCCUGCUGUAUGAGGAUGGACACGCAGUGGUUGCUGAUUUUGGAGAAUCCAGAUUUCUACAAUUUGUGGAUGAGGAUAACAUGACCAAGCAGCCGGGGAACCUGCGUUGGAUGGCUCCUGAGGUGUUCACCCAGUGUACCCGCUACUCAGUGAAGGCAGACAUGUUCAGUUACGCUCUCUGCCUCUGGGAGCUGCUUACUGGGGAAAUUCCCUUCGCUCACCUGAAACCUGCUGCUGCGGCAGCAGACAUGGCCUACCAUCACAUCCGGCCUCCUAUUGGCUACUCCAUCCCCAAACCCAUCUCUGCACUUCUGAUGAGAGGCUGGUAUGCCUGUCCAGAGGACAGGCCUGAGUUCUCUGAAGUGGUUUCCAGCCUGGAGGAAUGCUUGUGCAACGUUGAACUGAUGUCUCCAGCCUCCAGUAACAGCAGUGGCUCUCUGUCGCCCUCCUCCUCCUCUGACUGUCUGCUUGGGCGAGGUGGACCAGGCCGGAGCCACGUGGCUGCCCUGCGCUCCCGUUUUGAACUCGAGUACGCUCUCAAUACUCGCGCCUACGCCUUCUGGACUCAGAGUGAGCGGCGUCGUGCAUCGGGAGGCCUUUCACUGGAGGAGCUCAGAAGGAACAUGCAGUUUUCUCCCAUUGAUCGAAAUGGGUACGUGUCUGAUCCCAUGAGCACCAUGAGAUUCUGCUCGUCGUUCAGCAGCAGCGGCAGCUUCGAGGACAGUAACUAAACCUGCUUUAUUUUUACCUUAUUAAUCCAUGCCUGUUUUUGACAUUACAUUUAAGGCACAGCUGCAUAAACGGACAGUAGAAUUAGUGGAUAACCAAACUGUAUUUAGUUGUAACAUAUUAUAUAUGGAUGAGUUGUGUAUAACUUGUGUACUCUCAGUUCUCAGCAUCUAUUCUUGUGUUGUAUUUGCUUCAUCUGGUCCAAAAACGAUUUUAUAAGAUUUAGUUGAGGCUUUUAGGUUUUGUAAACACUGACAAGCAAAACUGGAAUAAAAGCUUUUGAGAAUCCA